GAUAUGUCUGAAACGGCACCUGCCGCUUCUGCUGAGCCCAGCGCUGCUCCAGCCACUGCGCCGGUUCCAGCUCCUGCAGAGAAAGCACCAGCGAAAAAGGCGAAGAAAGGAGGACGCCCUAAGGCAGUAGGUCCCCCUGUAUCAGAGCUCAUAACUAACGCAGUGGCCGCGUCCACUGAACGUAAUGGGGUCUCCCUCGCGGCUCUCAAGAAGAUCCUUGCUGCCAGCGGCUACGACGUGGAGAAGAACAACAGCCGCAUCAAGUUAGGCCUUAAGAGCCUGGUGAGCAAAGGCACUUUGGUGCAGACCAAAGGCACGGGCGCUUCCGGUUCUUUUAGGCUUAACAAGAAAGUGUCUCCAGGCGAAACCAGAAGCAAGGCCAAAAAGUCGCCGAAGGUUAAGGCUAAGAAGCCUGCUGCUAAGAAGCCGAAGAAGUCUCCAGGGUCGGUAACUGUCAAGGGCGUGAAAACUCCAAAAAAAGCAAAGAAGCCAGCGGCGGUGGGAGCUAAGAAAACAGCCAAGAGUCCCAAGACCAACAAAGCCGCCAAGCCUAAGAAAGUGGUCAAGAGUCCAGCCAAGGCUAAGGCAAUGAAGCCUAAGGCUAAGGUUGCCAAGUCAAAGGCUGUUAAACCCAAGAAGGUGUUGCCCAAGAAGAAGUAA